GGCAGCUGUGGUGGGGUCCAUCUCUGCGUACGUCUGGAGGGUGAGAGGAGCCCAUUUAAUAUCUGAAUCUAACUCAUCUGACUGACAGAAGAACAGUUUAGAAAUGUACAAAGUGGAUUUGAUCCCCCGCCGUGGGGGUAUGUAGUCCAGAGGCUCAGGCUGCUGUGUUCACCACUAGAACCUCCUGCACUAGCCUACCUUCUGCACGUGGUUGAUCUCAUCAUGUUUGCGUUUCUGGUUGCGGGUGAUCUUCCUCUCAGGCUGUUCCCCCAGCUCGCCCCCUCCUCCCCCCUCAGCGAUUUUUGUCACUGCGUCCUUCGCCGUCUUGGUCAGUGCCAGGCGAGCCUUGCCCACCCACUCAUCCAGACGUCUGUUAACUACAGGGCCAGGGGAGAGGUAGAGAGAGAGGGGUGGAGGAGGAGAAGGAAGACAUGAUAAAGGGAGGUAGAGGAAAGUAGAAGGAGAGGUGUAUGAAAAGAUAGAGGAGCAUGGAAGUACUGUGUGUGUGUGUGUGUGUGUGUGUGUGUCCCACUCACAUCCAACAUAGUGUACGUAGAACUCCUCUCUGCCCUCCUGUUCGUUCAGCCUGGACUGGAUAACUUCAGCAGAAUCUGAAAGAAAGAGGUUGAGUUUUACUGAAUUAACUGUAGCGAUCUCAGUAAAAAAAAAAAAACACAUCUAGCUAGCUAGUUUACAGCUCAUAGAACUUGAUGGCCUUCAAUGUACACUAUAAACAAAACCACAACUUCACAAAUCUAAUGUCCAAGAAGCAAACUUGAACUUGAGAUCACCAACAACAAGUCGAUAAAAUACCUGCACAGUUAAACAUUUCGUGACUAAGUUCUCUAUCAGUCUGAAGAUGGUGAACCAGUCGGGACGCACUGAUAAAUACACUAGUGUUCUGCCGCUACAUUACAGCCUUUUCAAACGUAGCUAACUAUUAUUGACUUAUAAACAAAUACUUACGCCAUGUCUUGUCGGCUCGCUGACAUAAAUACGUCUCUCCGAUUUCGACUGACACCUCUUGCUCCCUGCCCGACAACACUCCUUCCCCGUUGCGCUGAGGAAUCGAGCCCCUGGCUUCUCUUUCUCGAUCAAUGGCCUCCGACUCGUCCUCCUCCCCGCCACUGCCGUUAGAUGAACAAGGGGCUUGUAUUCCGGUGUCCAAGUCUUCCCGGUCCGUUACGUUGUGUCCUGGGUCGAUUUCAACGUCCAUUCGGUCCUCUGGAAGAUUGUUGUUGUAGUUAUUAUCUCGAAUAUGACGCUCGUUCGUCGUUAGCACUGUUCCGGCAGACAUCUUGUCUUAUUUCAAAACACUGCGUGCCCGGGACGAUAUGAGUUAGCGCAGCGCAGAGGGGGGCGUUCUCGACUCAUCUAAACAAGUUGCUCUUCUAACAGAUCUAGGAUCAGAUUAUCUACCCCCAUUCGCCGUACAUCAGUGCUUAGAUUGAGGAAAAGUGCACUGUGCUGGCAAAUUUGCCAAACAAUUUCAUUCAUUCAAUCAAUCAGUCCACCAUUCAAUCAAUCAAACAAACAUGUGUUAUUUGUGUAGGAGGGAAACGUUCUCCGGAAAACCGUAAUAACCAGUGGUGCAGUACUAUUUUUUUAGGUGAGGGAGCGCAAAUUUUUUUUAAAUGACGUAAUCAUUUCCUCAGUCAAAGUUUGUACCGAGAGAUGUAGCCUAUUGAUUAGCCUAUCAUUACAGCGCUCUCCAACCCUGUUCCUGGCGCGCUACCCUCCAACCCCAGUUGUAACUAACCUGACUCAUUUCAUAAACCAGUUAAUUAUUAGAAUCAGGUGCGCUGGAUUAGGGUUGGAAUGAAAACCUACAGGAUGUUAGCUCUCCAGGAACAGGGUUGGAUAUCACUGUUAUAGAAUAUGCAAGCGCAUACUCAUUUUUACAUUUUUGUCAUUUAGCAGACGCUCUUAUCCAGAGCGAUUUACAGGAGCAAUUAGGGUUAAGUGCCUUGCUCAAGGGCACAUCGACAGAUUUUUCACCUAGUCGGCUCGGGGAUUAGAACCAGCGACCUUUCGGUUACUGGCACAACGCUCUUAACCACUAAGCUACCUGACUAUGCCCACAUAUAUUGUCUCAAGAACAUGUUCUAUUUUUAAUACCCUCAAAUACCAAGUUAGGCAUACCUAAUUACAAAAUAGGCCAUCAUCACUGUCAAUCGUGAAUGAUAAUUAGGCCGAUUCACGUUUUACCGAUGAAACCGCAUCUGCAUGCCAAUCAUUUAAUUGAUGUCAAUCAAUUUAAUGGGAAUAGCCUAUGCAUUUUGAUCUUCUUGAAUUACUGUUUCAUGAGCGAAUUAGAGUAGAUGGUGUUAUCAAACUAUUAGUCUUUCUUGUAUUUUGUUUCAAUCAAAGCAUCUUGCGUAGUGGCUCUGUUGAGUUUUGGCGCAUGAUACAUUUUUUUUUUUUACUAUUAAGCUUCAGCUAGCCAUCUUAAAAUCUCAUUAGAAAUUAGGUGUUUUUGGCGUAACAGUAGUGUUGAACAGUAACGUUAUAGGCCUACUAUGCUAUGCUAUUAUAUUCGGUUCUGUUAUGUAAAAUACUGGUUAAUAGUUAUGUGAUGUGGCGAGACAUUGUUUCAGAUUUGAUCAAACUUUACUAAACGAGCACCAUUGUGAGAAGUGAAUCUUCCAUUUGUAAUAAUAAUAAUACUAUCAAUUCAUGUAUUUGCAUAAUUCGUUUUAAAACAGCCAUAAAAUCAAGCUUUUAGUUUAUUAAUGCAUCUCAAUAAACUAUAACCUAAAUGCAUUAUUACCUCCAACUUGGCCCAAUUCACAUUUCCAAUUUCCCAUCCUGACAUACCAAGCUAACGGGCCCUGGGUCUCAACCAAUAGCCAAUAUACUGUAGGCAACUUCCAGAGAGGGUCAGGCUCUUGGGCAUUGCGGUGGCCACUCUGUCUUGGGUGUCCUCGGCAGAACGUCGCCGUAACCAAGUUGUCACAUAUCGUUUUAGGUUCCACUGCGCAAGAGGGAGUCGGUGAAGUUUUAUGAACAGCAAGGCAGACAUUGUGAAUUUAGAAUAUUUUUUUAGACCUUCUGAUUUGCCAAAGUUGUCAAGCCUCCAAAGGGCCUCCGCAAUGCACACAUGUAGCCACGACCAGAGAGAAGACGGGGAAGAAACCACCAUUUACCUACCUCUAGGCACAGUGAGGCGAAGACUUUUGGAGGAUGGUAUGGUGUCAAGAAGGGCAGCGAGGAAGCAACUUCUCUCCAUGAAAAACAUCAGGGGACAGACUGAUAUUCUGCAAAAGGUACAGGGAUUGGACUGCUGAGGACUGGGGUAAAGUCCUUUUCUCUGAUUAAUCCCCUUUCCGAUUGUUUGGGGCAUCCUGAGAAAAGCUUGUCCGGAGAAGACAAGGUGAGCGCUACCAUCAGUCCUGUGUCAUGCCAACAGUAAAGCAUCCUGAGACCAACUUUUGACCACGACUGUAUAUGAAUUAUAUGUAUUUUCAAAUGUGUUUCUUUUAGACCAGCCCUGGUGCCACAAUGGUUGUGGUAAGACUUCCCUAGUUCUGACUUCACCUCAGUCCAUUACUCUUCAGUCAUCUCAUAGCUGUGCUGUCCCACACAAACACAGUUCAGACCAGCAAACAUUUCAACUGACAGAGGCUUUAUUUGUAUUUUUUCUCUCCUUUAGAGGACAGCCCCUCUUUCUGGCCCUCCCUUCCCAACUCUCAGUAUGGGGGGGCCAGGCAGUCGCCGAUCAACAUUGAUACUAACCAGAUGACCUUUGACCCCAGUCUCCGCAACCUCACCUUCAGUGACAUCACUAAUCCACACAGCAUCAAGUUCCUCACCAACAAUGGACACACAGGUACUCUUGUGUUGAAUCUCCUUGGUCCUGUCCUUAUAGUGUGUCUGUAGGACGUGUUGUCUAGCCUUCUUUAAAGUAAUCUCAGUAGCUCAGGACACAGGUAUCAUUUUCUCAUUAACAGUUGUUAGAGAAUACACAAUACCAUAUUAACUUAUACUACGGUAAUACCGCAACUUAUUUUCGUCCUCACAAUGAGCUGUGUGUUAGAGGAGGGCCUGAUGGAGGUGAGAGGAGGGGGGCUCUCUCAUGCCUACACGGCUGGCAUGAUGCAUUUCCACUGGGGAGGCGACUCACUCUGCCACCCAGGCUCUGAGCACACAGUGGAUUCAGUCAGAUACCCUAUGGAGGUGAGAUACUUUACUUGGAGAGAGAGAGUGUGUGUGCAGUAGCGGUGCGUGUGAAAAUCACUGGGGAAGCCAAGCUCCCCCCUCAAAAAGCCAUAUUACAACCUAUGUGUUGUGAUAAUUGCGUUGUUUGCUGUAUAGCCUGUUAAUUCAUAUGCCUUGCGACCGUGAUAUAUAGGCCUAAAGGCCGAGACAAUAAGAAGACACAGUGGCAGAAUUAAUUCAACCACACCUUUGUUUUAUCACAAAUCCGGAUAGUAACCUCUGUCCAGUGAUGUCCACAAAGCAUAUUGCAGGUACAGUAACAGACAGUUACAUGACCUACAGCAUGGUCAAGCAAGUUAACGUUUCCGACAUUUUCGGACCACUAAACAACUAUUGAUUUAAAACCACAGAGAGUUACUGCAAGUCACAAAGAAAACAAGAGCUGCCUCCACUAUUUCAACUUCAACAUUUCAACAUCAUCAAAUCACAUCUGCUUAGUCUAAUACAGUGACAACUAAAAGAUACCAAAAACAAUUUAGUCCAAUCCAGGGGCGGUGUGUUCAUUAGGGCGAUAUGGGCGACGCACUGCCAAACGGGAAAAGGAAGGGAUUUUUUUUCUAAUCAAUUAUAUCACGGCAACAGUAGUUAUCAGUGUUCUAAUCUAGAUGUCUGAUCUGCCACUAAAUGUCCAAUCAGGCUAAAGUCGUGCUUCAAAUGGCCCCGCCCCUUUUGGGGCGAUUUCAGUCAGGUUGAAAAUCGCCCCAGAAGUCUCUCAUAGACUCUCAUGUAAAAUCUUUUUUUUUCAAAUAUCAGAGCUUUCAAUACAAUCUCUAUGGGUUCCGGGAGGGCUUGCACUUACGCGCUUUCGUCAUACGUAACAUAACCAUGAACGUAACUAAGAAAAGAGCUGGUAGCAGCGUGUAAGGCAGAGCAAAUAAGUGUCCAAAAACCGGCUGACAGCCAAAAUACGAAAUACUACCUAAGACUGAAACAAAUAACAAAACAGGGAGAACACUUCUCAAGUACCUGUUCAUAGGUCUCCGAUCAGACACUGCGUAGUACUGCUGGACAUAGUGAAACUAGCAGAGAAAACUGAGCAAGGGAACACAGGGAAGUGAGGGCAUAAAUACACAGGUGAACAGGUAGACAAAGGUGACACCAAUAGGAUACUGAUUAGUCCAGACUGUGAGUGAGGAGGUGCCUAAGGUUGUCGGAGGAUGACACCUAGUGGGUCGCUACGGAACUGCGACCCCCUCCUGUAACAGGAUUGUGUAUAUAAAACUAGGCUACCCCUGGCCUGCCCUGCUCUUGCUGAUGUAAAUUCCUGGGUGCUGCUUAACCAAUGGCUGUGCUGUAUACGGUGGCACUUCAGGAAGCAAGUCAAAGGCUUCUUCCGCUAAAAAAAAGUAUUUGUCCAAAAAAUUCAAUAUCUGUGCGUGCGGACUAGGCCUACUGAUGUCCUGUUCAGUUUGAGAGAGGGAGCGCGAAGAUGAGAAGGGACGACCGGGGUUUCGCUUGCUACUGCUAUAAUUUAUUUUAAUAAAAACACUAUGUUUCAUUGCCCAUAAUGAAGCUAUUUAUCAGAGUUAUUAACCUCACAAUAAGCCAAUUCGAGUAAUUACAUAACUUACAUUACUAGGAAGCGGCAGCCGCGGAGAUGGCCAGCGCAUCGGUGCUGAAAGUAGGCUAAUUCAAGAAGGCCUAAUUCAUUUAAACAGUCUUCAUUUAAAUUAGACUUUAGGCUACUAGCAACAAGAGGGCUUUGUGUUGGAGCCUAUUUCUUCCUAUUCAAGAAAUAAGAGGUAGGCCUACCUGUUUGACAGAUGAAAUUAUAGUCUACUAUCUAUAGAUUUUGUCAGCCAAUUCCUUCAGUUACCAUGCACUUCUUAAAUAGCUCAGUGUCAGUGAAGGGCUUGGUGUGUUAAGUUAAAACCAGGGUUCGAAUUGAGGGGGUAUGUAUUUGAGGAUAAAUGGCUAAAAUCAUAGGCCCUACCCCUUGUUAGGUUAAGAUUUGUUUUUAAUUAAAUGGACCUGAUUAUAUAAAGUGAUCUGUAACAAUGCUUUAGUCCACAAUGCUUUAUGCUAGAAACAAGCUGUAAAAUGCAGGGGAAAGACAUGACUGAUACAUAUGGGAUAGCUUUGGUUUGUGUCUAUGAUAUUCAGAGGCUGAGCUACAAACAUCUAUAGCCGAGGAGACAAAAAAAUGUACUUUGCUUGGGAAGUUCAGUAUUGUGUGAUUCUGUGACUAUCACUUUACAUUCAACAUUUCAACAGGCUAUUAAACACCAUACGAACUCUAAAUCAGUCAGGAGCAAGUCUGGUAGAAGGAAAAGGGUGGCGGGGUUGGAAAGUAAUAAAGGGGAAUAUAUAUAUAUUUUUAAAGGAUAUGUAUGUAUGUAUGUGUGUGUGUGUGUGUGUGUGUGUGUGUGUAUGUAUAUAUAUAAAAAAAAACAUGUUACAUUGAUGGAAGUUACAAUCUAUCUGCAAUAUUAAGCUGAUCCACCCCCCCCCCCCCCCCCCCCCCCCAAAAAAAAAAAAGUCUGGUAGAAGGAAAUUAAUUAUAGAUUAAUUAUAUAUAGCCUGCCAUUUAAGAAAUAAAUGGUGAUGUAUUUGUGACAGCUACAGGCUGGCAGGAUUUCAACAACACAUCAACAACAUGCCUAUACAUUUCGCAUUUAGGCUGUAUAAACUGAAAUGUAAAAAAAUUGAAACGAAAAAUGCCUUAUUAGGCUAUACAGUUGUCGUGGAAAUUCACCACUAAGGACUCAAAUUCAAAGUAAAUGAAGCAAUCUUUAUUAUCACGGCCGGAGAGGUUCACAAACUCAAUACAAGCCUGAUGAAAGGCUGAAAAGGGGCGUUCCCUGUUCAGUCCUUUUAUACUGCUACACAAACAAGUCAUAUAAGCAUGGUUGGUUCCUGCAUGAGUUUGACUGAUACCAUAGCCUUACCUUGAUACUGAGAUAUUGUAUCGUCACUCCUUCUAGUUCACAGAGCGAUGUUCUGGGUGUACUGCCAAAUUGCUUAUCAGUGAAAGUGUGGAUUCCUCCUUUGUACAAUCAAUCAGUCACUCGCAUGAACCCAACCAAGUUGGUUAUUAGAAAAGCAGCAUUGUGCUAAACAUACGUUCAUACACACAAUAACAUUUCCAUAACACAGUCAUUCACUUUUAGAAACACGAGUUUGGCAAGUCUUUGGUUUGAGGAUCAUGAGCGUACCCGGCUCCACGAGAGGGCUAAAGGGGGCUUAGCCCCUUCAGUUCAAACUUGUGCCCCCUCUGUUUUAGUUUUAUGUUGCUAUAUAAAAAUAGCAAAAAAGUUAAAAUGAUUGAGUUACAGGUAGCACAAAAUAAAUCUGUAUCUCCGCUGCGCUUUUGUCAGCACAAUGGACGGAGCGCCCGGUGGUGUGUGUAGGGGGGCUAUGGAAAGUCACUGGGGCAGUUAGGUAUGACUCCUUUGGGUUUCCAUAAAAAGCGGGAUAAAAUCUCUGUGAGGCUAAGAGAAUAACAUGAAACGCCUUUCAUCCCGACAUUGACUGACACUGAAUUGAUUAUGACCUAGCUGGAGCCUGAAGAGGAGAGGGUGUGCUCUGACCCUUUCCCCAGGCUUGGAGAGAAAUUGACUCCACCACAAAAUGUUCCUGGGUGUGGCAGGGAAGUUGUGUCACUGCUGGGGGGAAAGGGGGGGGGGGGGGGGGGGGGGGGGAGACAACCCCAGAAUACUCCCUUACCUGCUUCAUCAAAGGCCCAUGGAGGGAAGUUUGUGCCCCCUCAUCGCCAAAAGGUUAAUGGAGUUGAGGGAAAAGUGUUCAUCUGCCUCGGGGCAACUGCUAUGAUGUUCCUUUAUUUGCUCAGCCAAUCUACAUUCACCAAAUGGACAUACCCAUAUUGGUCAAUAUGUAUCAUGUACCCAGUGCCCUUUUGGAAUGUGCCAUUAUGCCUUGUUGUCACAUGUCCAUUAGUUUGGGUAGUGUCUGCGUUUAAGGAGGGUGGUUAGAAAUACUGAACUGUAAAGAUUUCAGUUGAAGGGAAAAUGAACACUGUUACGUCCCGAAAAUGUUUGAGGUUACUGUUUGUGUGAGGAACGUGUCUCGAGCAUAAUUUAAAAUGUCGAAAACAGGAUAAGGGGAGGGGUGUGUGGCGAAGACGUGCUAUAGGCACGACUCCCGCCAAUUCGUGCACACUAUUUGUUUCAUUGUGUCAAUGUUUAUAAAUGCUCCGUGAAAUAUAUAUUCAUCAGUGAAGUUUCUGUUAAUCCCAACAUAUCCCCCCCAUUAAUUUAAAAUGCUUGGUUACGGAAAUGAUAAUUCAUUAAAUAUAAUAUACAUUCAUACCAUUCUCAUUCUCCAAGUGGAAACGUUGUUUAGAGCGCUUGCAAACUGCGCAACACUUGUGAUAAAUAACUUUUGGUUUAUUUAAUUGCAUUUACCAGUUUACUGUCAAUUUCUUCAUUGUCUUUGGUUGGAGAGCAUGUGUCUGGUUUCUUCAUCAUGUUUAAUUUUGCGUGAACGCGCACGCUUUAGCGUGCAUAGAUAUACCUGGCCUGCGCGCCAAGAAUAGGUGUGGCCAAAUGUAUUUAAGUGCCGGUUUGGGGAUGUUAGUUCACUUUUGGGUAACUCAAGGGGAGGCUGUAUCUGAGCCUGGUAGACUUCACCUCAUUAGUUAAGACAGGUUUUGCCUGAUGAGUCUUUUUCGUUUGAAUGCUGACAUUGAAGUACAGUGUAUAUACUGUAUUUGUAAAUAUCACUGUCAUCUUUGUCCUUACGACUGCUAGAAGGCCCACAUUUUACGCUGAUACAGCGCAGUGAAGAUGGGCUACAGAUUUCGCACCAACCUGUCACUUCAAAAGCACUCAGUGGUCUCAGUAUUUGAACUUUAUGUUUGUGGUAUAGCGUGAUAUAAGCAGAAUUCAAUAUAAUUCUGAUGCAAGAACCCCCUCAAACAAAGUAACUUUAUCCUGGCGCCAGAUCUGAUCACGCCGUGAGCUAUGCAUGCCUAGUUUGUUAAUGUAGCCUAGCAGACACUCUUAUAUUCAUUCCCAUGCCCUUAUCAGUCAACACAAAUUAUUUUGUAUUAGAACAUGAUAGUUUCCCAAAUGAACAGAAAGUUACAAGUGCAUAUAGGCCUACCUGAUGAUAUGCGGCUGUUGUGUUAAAACACAAUUGUAAUUUUCUCAAAUUCAUUGAUGAUCAAAUACUUCAGUUGUAACUGGUUCUGUUGCGCUACAUUUUUACUGUUGAUAGACAACUUUAGCACUGUUCCAAACUUAGACUAUCCCUUUUUUUUUUAAUAUUAGGCUGUAUAGAAAUCAAAACAUCUCAGGUGCUGCAGCAUGCACUCAUUCCGUUGUCAUGCUCUGUUGUGGAAUUUAAAAAUAUUCUGCUUGUCUCCAGUCAUGUACAAUGACAUAGAACUGCAUGAAAUGCGUUUAUAAGAAGGCACAUUUUUCUCGGACCGCAAAUAAGAUAUACUGGAUUCAUGCAGUGCUUUUAUUAUAAUGGAGAUCUUUUCACCCUUGUAUGCAGUGGUCUGCAAAUCCACACCCUUCUGGCUACUUUGCCAUGUAAUGCUUACAAAACAAAGAACAGCUAUCUAAAGGCUCUAGUAUGUCCUAGGAGUGAAGGUAAAUGGUAGACAUGUUCUCUGCUAUCCACUUUGUUUUAACACUGCAAUAUAACUUUUUUGGGCGACUGACCAAAUUCACAUAGAAAUGUGAGUUAUAGAUCUGUCAUUCUCAGUGAAAGCAAGUCUAAGAAGCGGUAGAUCUGUUCUGUUCGCUAUUUCUAUGCUUCCUGAUCUUAAGUUUCAUUUUUGCGUCUUUUACAUUAGGUAAGUACACCAGCUUCAAACAGCUGAAAAUACAACACUUUUGGUUAUGGAAAAUACACUAUAUAUACAAAAGUAUGUGGACACCCAUUUAAAUGAGUGGAUUCAGCUAUUUCAGCCACACCCGUUGCUGACAUGUAUAUAAAAUCAAGCACACAGCCAUGCAACCUUCAUAGACAAACAUUAGCAGUAGAAUGGCCUUACUGAAGAGCUCAGUGACUUUCAACGUGGCACCGUCAUAGGAUGCCACCUUUCCAACAAGUCUGUUCGUAACAUUUCUGUCCUACUAGAGCUGCCCCGGUCAACUGUAAGUGUUGUUAUUGUGAAGUGGAAACUUCAAGGAGCAACAACGGCUCAGCCAUGAAGUGAUAGGCCACACAAGCUCACAGAACGGGAUCGCGUAUCAUGUAAAAAUCGUCUGUCCUCAGUUGCAACACUCACUACCGAGUUCCAAACUGCCUCUGGAAGCAAUGGUCAGCACAAGAACUGUUCGUCGGGCAGCCGCACACAAGCCUAAGAUCACCAUGCGCAAUGCCAAGUGUCGGUUGGAGUGGUGUAAAGCUCGCCACCAUUGGACUCUGGAGCAGUGGAAACGCGUUCUCUGGAGUGAUGAAUCACACUUCACCAUUUGGCAGUCCGACAGACAAAUCUGGGCUUGGCGUAUGCCAGGACAACGCUACCUGCCCCAAUGCAUAGUGCCAACUGUAAAGUUUGGUGGAGGGGGAAUAAUGGUCUGGGGCUGUUUUUCAUGGUUCGGGCUAGGCCCCAUAGUUCCAGUAAAGGGAAAUGUUAACGCUACAGCAUACAAUGACAUUCUAGACGAUUCUGUGCUUCCAACUUUGUGGCAACAGUUUGGGGAAGGCCCUUUCCUGUUUCAGCAUGACAAUGCCCCCUUGCACAAAGCGAGGUCCAUACAGAAAUGGUUUGUCGAGAUCUGUGUGGAAGAACCUGACUGACCUCAACCCCAUCAAAUACCUUUGGGAUUAAUUGGAAUGCCGACUGUGAGCCAGACCUAAUUGCCCAACAUCAGUGCCCGACCUCACUAAUGCUCGAGGCUGAAUGGAAGCAAGUCCCCACAGCAAUGUUCCAACAUCUAGUGGAAAACCUUCCCAGAAGAGUGGAGGCUGUUAUAGCAGCAAAGGGGGGACCAACUCCAUAUUAAUGCCCAUGAUUUUGGAAUGAGAUGUUCGACAAGCAGGUGUCCACAUACUUUUGGUCAUGCACUGUAUAUUUCACAAGGGUUUAGAUGGGACUAUGAUUCUCUACAUUGCUUUUUUUGUCACUGAAAUUAGGCGAACUAUUAGAAUUUCUGCAUAGUGCACAUUUAAUUAUUAUUUGGGGUAUAGGGGAGGAUCACUUUUAAAUACAUUUUACUGAAGGGAGGGCCAUCCAUUUUUAUUUCAGAGGUGUGAUUUCCUCCAGGUAUCCCUCAUAAAUAAUGUACAGUGCCUAAACUAAUCCUGUCCCACUCUCAGGUGGAGCUGUUUCCUAAAACCCUGAAGUACAGAGCCAUCUACCGGCCAAUGCAGCGCCUCAACGGGCGCCCCGUCUACACUUCCCUCGGGGUGUCAGUGUCCCCACUGGGCAGUAUUAGCAACGGCCAGACUUCCAGCAUGGGGGCUCUCUCGCCUGGCCUACUACUACUAAUGACUAUCCUACUGAUGCUGGACGCCCAGGGGGAGGGGAGGUAUGCAGAAAUAAGGGGUGGACGGAAAGCAGGAGGAAAAAGGAUGGGGGAAAAUAAGUUGUUGAGGUGUUUCUGUCAAUAAUAAAUGUACUGUAUGUUCCCUCAGACAAAUGUGGCCGUCAUUUCUAAGGAAUCUUAUGCAGCAAAAAGAAUGCUUCUUGCAUAAACUAAACAACUGCCCACUGACAACAACAAUUCAAACAGUAAUAGGAAAGAAGGCAGGACACACCGGUUCACUUAGGUGCCAGACAGUGCAAAGCUUUAUUUUAGGUGUGUCGAGAAUGUAAAUGGAGGUGCAGACAUAGUUGUUCUUAGUUCCUCCUUUGUCCCUUUGUCAUAGAGCAGCACCCUCUCUCCCCACCUCUCCCUCUCCCACUCUCUGAUGGAAGCCCCUCCCACCAGCCAUGUGAGCCCCACCUUCUCUGCUACGGGGGUAGUUGACACCUCCCCUGCUUCGCUGACCUCGCCCGUUCCAGUAGCGAUGGUACCCGCCCCCCCGAGCAUCCCAUUGGUCCGUUCCUCUGAAAUGCCUCUCCUGCCUUUGGUCAGGCUGUUGCGCUGAACCGCGAGGGCCCCUCCUCCUUCCCCUCUCCCUAUGGCCUAGCCCAGCCUCCAUUUCCAUGUCAUUGCUAGGUGGGAUGUCCGUUUUAGAGGUGUCCAGGCUUGAUUUCCUUAUUGGCUGACCGUCUUUAGGAACUGGAGCCUCUUGUUGGCCUAGCUCUGUACGUCCCUCCCCUUCUUCCUUCUCCAAUUGGCUUAACUGUGCUUGUCCCAGUUCUGGGUGGCUAGAGUUCUCCUGAAGUCUGGCUUUGUUUGGUGCGUCAUGAGAGUUGGCAGGAGGAGCACUGUGGAAGUUGUCAUGUUUCUCUGAGGACAGAGAGAGUUUGUCCAGAUGGUCAGUGGGGGGGACAGGUCUCCCUGGGUGGGUGUGGGGCCUGCCUCUCCCUCUCCUCCUGGGGCCCCUGAAGUGGCCCUGCGGCCCCUGGUGAUGGCACUGGUGACCUGGCCCUCCCCUGCGAUGCGAGUGGCCAGCGUGCUGCAGCUGUGGUGCUGUGAUCUGAUUGGUGGAGGCAGGGGGAAGGGAGGGCAG